UGAAGUUGAAAUAUUUGAAAAUUGAAAAUGAGCGGAAGAGGAAAAACCGGUGGCAAAGCGAGAGCGAAGGCUAAGACUCGCUCCUCCAGGGCAGGGCUGCAGUUCCCCGUCGGCCGUGUUCACAGACUUCUCCGCAAAGGGAACUACGCAGAGCGCGUCGGUGCCGGAGCUCCCGUCUAUCUCGCGGCUGUGCUCGAGUAUCUGACCGCUGAGAUCCUGGAGUUGGCUGGAAACGCCGCGAGAGACAACAAGAAGACCCGCAUCAUUCCCCGUCACCUGCAGCUGGCGGUGCGCAAUGACGAGGAGCUCAACAAACUCCUGGGUCGAGUGACCAUCGCUCAGGGCGGCGUGCUGCCCAACAUCCAGGCCGUGCUGCUGCCCAAGAAGACCGAGAAACCCGCCAAAGCCAAGUAAACAGAGUCCGCUCUGCUUCUAAACACAAAGGCUCUUUUAAGAGCCACCCACUUCAUCUGACAGAGAGCGAUUUACUUUCCUUUUCAUUCAUGAUACACCAUGCAUACGACUGAAGGAGAUACUGAGCUAAAUUAACGCACUCUUAUUAAUGAUACAUCAUUUGGAAACUCUGCCUUAUAAUAAUUAUCAGUGUAAUAAAUAUGAAUACCAUAA